AUGCGUGAAGACAUCUCAUUUCAAACCUCCGACAAUGUCACCCUUCGCGGCUGGUUCUACAAGCCAUCCGAAUCAAAUGGUCCUCUACCUUGUCUCGUCAUGGCCCACGGUUUCUCCGCCUUGAAAGAAAUGGACCUGAACACUUUUGCCGAGCACUUUGUCACUAAUCUUCCUAUCACCUGCUUGGUGUACGACAACCGUGGAUUUGGAGAUAGUGAUGCUAAAAAAGGACAGCCUCGGCAGGAGAUCAUCCCCGCAGAGCAGACUAGCGACUACACGGAUGCCAUCACUUAUGCUCAGUCGAGAGAAGAUGUGAACAAGGAUAAGAUUGGGAUUUGGGGUAGCUCUUAUAGUGGAGGACAUGUUCUUUGGGUCGGAGCCAUAGACCGAAGAGUCAAAGCGGUCAUGAGUCAAGCACCUCUUGUUGAUGGUUGGGCCAACUUCCAUCGUCUCAUUCGACCUGAUUUCGUGGCUGGGUUGAAUGCAAUGUUCCAGGACGACCGUCAUUCGAGGGCAGUCGGCGAACCUGCUGCAGUAAUUCCCGUCGUGGAUGCUGAUCCAACGAAGCCGUCUGCUCUACCCACCCCAGACAGUUUCCAGUUCUUCACAGCAUGGGCUGAGAAAAGCAACUGGAAGAACGAAGUAACAGUAAAGUCCAUCGAGACAUUCCGCGAAUACUUGCCAUCUGCACAUAUACAACACAUCUCUCCAACACCAUUGUUGAUGACUGUGGCCGAUAAUGAUGUCUUGACACCAACGGAUCUUGCUUUGGAAGCUUACAGUCGAGCGCUGGAGCCGAAGCGAUUGCAUCUCCUGCCUGGAGGACAUUUCGAAGCUUACUCUGGCCCCAACUUUGAGAAGAACGUUCGGGUACAGACUGAGUUCUUGCAGACUCAUCUGUGCUCGUAG